ACUUAAACCCUGUUGCCUGCAUCCAUUGUCUUAUCAAAAACCCCAACUGCUACUUUGUUCUGCUUGGCAAACCCUGAGGCUGAGAAGCAGAAGAAGAGAGAAAAUUGAGAGAAAGAAAUGGAGGAGAGACUGAAGUAUUUGACAGUACUAGUGGGAGCUGGAGCUCUCUUAGGUUCUGUUUCUAUUCUAUUCAUUCUCAAGCUUCUUCCAAGAAGGGUAGCAAAGGAAUGCUGUGUAAGGGUUAGUGAAUCGAAUGCUGUAUUCACUUUUGCAAUCAUCGAAGUCGUGAGUUCCAAUGCUGUAAAGUCCAUUCCUGAAGAUGGGUCCUUCGGCGAUGGAGUUAGGGAAGUGAAGGCAAUCGAUGCUUUAAAAACUUGUGUUAAGGGACUAGCGGACUCUAUUGUGACCAAGAUUCCCUGUUUAUUUGUCCACCCGCCAGCGAAUGUCCUGAAAUCAUCAUCCAAGACUUGCAGUCUUCAGGUUCCAAUCAUAGACUUUGAAGGGUUGGAGAGUUGUUGGAGACCUGAGGUGGUCAAAGCAUCAGAAGAAUACGGUUUCUUUCAAAUUGUUAAUCAUGGAGUUCCAGUUAGUGUUAUGGAUGAGAUAUUAGCAGCUACGGAACGAUUCCACAAGUAACCCCAGGAAGUGAAGAUGGAGUGGCACUCAUGUGACCCUAACCAACAGGUGAAGUUCUUCAGUGGGGAGGAUUCCAUCGGAAAAAUGAAUCAGAUGCCUGCAGGGAUUCAGUAGCAAUUGAUUUUCAGGAUGGUAAACUAACUGAUCCUGAGAUUUUUCUUGAUGCAUUCAGAUAAAUGGGCAUCAAGUUCCAAAUUCCUCUCUAUACAUUCAAUUAUCUAGGAGAUUGUUAUUAGGUUUAUGUUAAACAUGUUUUUCAGAGAAGAGACAAAUGAGUACAUCAGACACAUGAUCAAAAUCAGCAAGGUACUGACAGAACUCUUAUCAGAAACACUCGGACUUCGUAGUGACUACCU